ACCGUGUUCACUUCAGCGCGCCGCCUGUGUAGCGUUGGCGCACGACACUCAUGAUGCGCUACAGAUGACCUGAAGACUGCAUCUUGCUCUAGAAGGCACAGUCUAUCCAUCUGCCACCCCGAAUAUCGUCGCAAUCAUGCACAACGCACUCAACCGAGUCCAAACAACCUUUGGGUUCUUCACCACCUGCGCAUUCACCCUCGCCUCGCUCAUUGCUCUCCUCUCCCUGAUCCCCAUCCCUGCCCCUACCGAAUCCCCCAGCGCCUCGAUAUCCGUCCGCAAUGUACAAGUCGUCAAGGGUCGGCCUCAUUACUACGCCACCAAACGCGAAGAAUACGCGCAGAUCAAGUUCGAUCUCGAAGCAGAUCUAUCCAGCCUAUUCACCUGGAACACGAAACAGCUCUUCGUCUACGUGACGGCGAAUUACCCCAGCGACAAGACCUCAGAAGUCCGAAACUCCGAGGCUGUGAUCUGGGACGCCAUCAUCCCCGCUACAUCCACGCCAUAUUCCUGGCAGAACCUCAAACAGAAGUACUUCCCCGAGAAGAAGUCCAGGACGAAGAGCAGGAAGGGUUCGGACGCGAAGUCGAAGACUACAGAUCUUGUCAAGCCGGGAUUGAUAUCGCUGAAGAACCAGAAACCAAAGUAUCAGAUCACGGAUCCCACGGGCGUGCUCAGUGAGCGAGGAAAUGCGACGCUGGAAGUACGCUGGAAUAUACAGCCUUGGGUUGGCGCUCUAGUAUGGGACAAAGGAUCCCUGGGCGGCAGGGUCGGACAAUGGGGCGCUGGCAAGGUGGGAAGGAGCCAAGUCUUCACGUUCCCUCCAUUGAAAGGAAAGACAGAGACUGUCAAGGAGAAGGACGGGCCACAAACACCAAAAGUUGGGUCAGCGUCGCCUGUGGUCGAGAUAUAGGUGGCCUCGACUGAUCAUUUCAACGCCACACGGUGUCAACAUCAACAGCGACGUCCGCACUUUGUACCGGAGCUUGGUCGUCCAUCACAAUCUCACAUGGUGAAGCGCAACGAGCAAAGGGCUUCAAUACUCAAUGAUUGAGCACUCAUAGGCCGUCCGUGUCUCCGGCGGUGCUCGGAUCGUCAGUUCGCCCGGCGUCGUUGUGCUGGGCAUGGAAUCGGGGGGAUAUUGAGGCGAAAUUCUCUGAAGACCAGCCCGCUGGCGGUGAAAGGUCUGAUGACAGGAGGAGAGUUUCAGAGAUACCUGGAUCUGCUCCACUUAGGUCUUUCUUGGCUCAUGGCCUUUUUGAGGGCUGAUCAAGCAAGAACAAGGAAUCAUUCCUCCACUUUCGCUGUGCGAUUAUC